AUGAGAAGUAUAAUUAUACUCCAAAUUGAGUACUUAUUAAAACUUACAAAUAUCGAAGGAAAAUUUCUUUAUUUAAUUCCACGUAAAACAUUUAUUCUUGGAUUUGCUGUAGCAGUUAAAUCAAUAUUUAGCAUAGCAGAUGAAUUGUUUUAUACUACUGAAUAUAAGUACAUCCUAACAUACAAGUUUUCCCAGGACCACCUUGAAAUGUUUUUCUUGAAAAUAAGGCAGAGUUUUGGAAACAAUAAUAAUCCAAAUGCUUUAGAACUGUUAACAGCUUUGAAACAAAUCCUUUUAAAAAAUUCAAUUUCUUCAUCAUAUGCUGCUAAUUGUAUUGCACUAGAUAACACAGGUUCUGAAAGUGUUUUUGAGAUACGCUGGGCGAAAAAAACAUUAGUAGACAAUGUUAUUGAAGAAGAAGAAAAUGAAAAUUUAUCAAAUUUUCUGCCUUAUUUUGAUAAUUUUGAUUUAGUGAGAGACAAUAUUUUAUAUUAUAUUCGUGGAUUUAUCGUUAGAAGUGUCUAUAAAAAAAUUGAUUGUCAAACUUGUGCCAAUAGUAUGAUAGAAAAUGAAUCUGAACACAGUUAUAGUCAUAAAUAUCCCCAUUCAAAAAAUAGAGGAGGAUUAAUAAAAAGUUCAAAGAAUGUGGUAGCUUAA